UCAGUACAGUAGUGCAGUCGUUAGUGGAAUAACACAUCUUAUUAAGAAUAAAAAUAUAAAGAAAUAAAUUUAAAUUUUUAAAAACAAAAAUUUAAAUUUUUAAAAAAAAGUAUUUAACGUAAUUUUAAUAAAAAGUAAUUAAAGAAAACAAAAAAAAAAAAAGAAAUCAAAAACACACAUAAUAACAAAAUGUCUUCUAAAAGAAUGGACUUGAAUAAAAUGUGCUUCUUUGUCCUAAGCGGUGUCUCCAAUCCCUUGGGCAAAGAGUUGGCAGUUGAAAUGUGUCGUCGCUUUAAAGCAGGAUCUGUCGCCAUGCUCAUCGAUGGUGAUGAACAAAAUUUACAAGAAAUUCGCAAAGAAAUCGAAGCUCUUGAACGUAAUAUCCAAGUCGUUUGCUGUAACUUGAACGACUGGCAACAAGCAGACUACAAUUUAUUCCACAAUAUACUUUCCACUGUACUCAGCCAUGAAGUUAAUGGCUCUAAGCAGUUCGAGCUUGCAUUUAUCGUACACAAUGAGGGCAAUGCCGCCACCCAUAUGCUGAUGGAACCCGAAAAUAUCGAAUCAUGGAAAUCGUAUGUUCAACAAAAUCUCUACGCUCCCAUUGCUCUCAAUCAGGAAUUUAUUAAAUGCCAACAACUGCAUGGCUUACCAAAACUGAUGAUCAACAUUAAUUCCAGUCUAUGGAUUCAACCCAUGAUUUUCAAAUCGUUGCUUUGUUCCAGCAGAAAGGCACGUGAUAUGUACUUCCGUUCGGUGGCCGCCGAAGAGGCUGCCAAUGGUGUUAUUGCAAUGAACUAUGGACCUGGCAUUUUCGACUCGCACAAGCCAGUCUACGAUUGCAACAACAAUAUCAUCGAUAUCGAAGAUCUCGUGGGCGAUAAUAAAAUUCUCAAGUUACCCCGUGUGGAACCAUUGCAGACCACACUCAAGCUUAUUAACAUUUUGGAGGAAACCUCUUUCAUUUCCGGUCACGAUGUCGACUAUUAUGACACUUACAACUUAUGAGUCGUACUGUAUAAAUAUUGUCGGAAGCACUUGGCAACUGGCAAUAUUUAUAUGAAACAAUUGAAAGAAUUUUUGGACAACGGCUUUAUUAUGGAUGACGACUCAAGAGAUCACGAUUUGAAUGAGGAUGUUGAUAAUGUUGAAUUUAAAAAUUUAAUAAAAAAUUUGCUGAUUACGAUUUUAAUUGCUCUGGCAAGUGUGGAGCAGGAAGAUAAUGAAAAAACUGAAAA